AUGAUGGGGGACACGGGGGACGCGGGGGUCGUGGGGACCGGCGGCUCGGGGGUGUCCCGGGUGCCGCAGAGCGAGCUGCUCUUCCCCGGGGAGCCCUACUCGGUGUCCGUGCUGAAGGUGGGCUACUGCCGGCCGGGGGCGGACGGGAGCUUCCGGGCCGACGGGACCGUCAGCCUGCUCACCGGGCCCCAGACCAUCCUGGUGGACACCGGGGGGCCGUGGGACCGGGACUUCCUCCUGGCGUGCCUGAGGGACCGGGGCCUGGACCCGGCGGACGUGGACUGGGUGGUGGGCACCCACGGACACUCGGACCACAUCGGGAACCUGAACCUGUUCCCCGGAGCCAGGCUCAUCGUGGGAUACGACUGGAGCGAGGGGGACACGUACCGCCAGAACCCGCUGGCCCGGGGCCUGCCGGUCUCCAUAGACCCACAUGUCUCGGUUCUUCCCACGCCGGGCCACACGGGCCAGGAUGUCAGCGUCCGGGUGGACGGAACCGUGGCCGGCACGGUGCUUGUUGCCGGGGACUUAUUUGAGUGCUGCUCGGAUGAGGACAGCUGGCGGGACGUCAGCCUGAACCCUGCAGUGCAGGAGGUCAGCCGCCAGGAGGCGCUGCGCACCGCGGACCUCAUCAUCCCGGGACACGGACCCCCGUUCAGGGUUCUGAGGAGCUGACCUGCACACACACACACACACACACACACACACACACACACACACACAGCGGUUCUGUGUUCCUGGUUCAGAGUGGAGACGGUCCCACUCGGGUUUAAUCUUU